AUGCCUCUAGAACUCGCCCCCCUCACAGCCGACGACGUCGACGCCUACAUGGCAAUCCGCCAAGCCGCAUUCGGUGACAGCGUCUUUCGCAUCCUCUUCUCGCGGCGCCCCGAUGGCCCGUCGCCAGAGGUCUACGCGCAGAUCCGUGACAGCGUCCGCGACCAGAUCGCCACCGACAAGCACGUCUUCUUCUUGAAAGUCACGGACACGGACACCAGCGAAAUCAUCGCGGGCGCAAAGUGGAAAGUGUUCAGGACCGAGAAAGAGGUGCUAGAAGAACUGGAACUCCCGUCCCCGACGCCGGACUCGGAUCCUGAGUGCUGGAAUGCAUUUAUGAAGCUGCUGAGUGAUGCGAAGAGGGAGAGAAUGGCGCUGAGCCCUUAUUGGAUGCUUGACGCGCUCUCAACGCACCCAGCGCAUCAUCGACGUGGAGCUGGGGCGAUGCUGAUACGGUGGGGCUUGGUUCGGGCGGAUGAGGAGGGGGUGGAGACCUACCUUGAGGCGUCGGCGAUGGGCCAGCCGUUGUAUGAGAGGUAUGGGUUUAGGCCUGUCAGGACUUUGAGAUUUGAUUUCGGGGAGUUUGGGGGGGAGGGAGUGCAGGAGUUCCAGGUAUGA